AUGGAGACCAUCACCAACCUCGCAGCCAAUGCCACCACGGCAGCCUCCAAGCUCAUCUACGGCGACCAGACGCAGAACAACGAGACGCAGGGCAAGGAGCCAAUCUCGGGUGAGACUGGCCCAGGCACCGCCACAGAGCCCUACGACCAGGGCAAUGCUCCAACUCCUCUAGCCACAGCAGACAAGGCCAGCUACCUCGAGAGUUCCAACAACGAAACGGCAGGAAAGGAGCCUGUAUCUGGAGUACUAGGCAAGGGCACUGCUACCGAGCCGUUUGACCAGGGCAACGAGGCCAAAGCUACUGAGAACGUAAAGGAUACGACGUCUGGAACGGGUGAAUUCUUGAAGCUGGACCCCGUCAAGCAAGACCCAGCCGCAACCACAACCUCUACCACGUCCACGUCUGAGCGCAACGACGACACAUCCAAUGUCGGCAUGCCAAUUACGUCCCUCAAGCCCGACACUGCUGUCUUGAGCAGCGACACCACACCGUCUACAGCUGAGACGACUGCCGUGACGGACAAAGUUUGGAAGGAGAACCCGCUAGAUGACAUCAGUCGCUCUGGUGCCCCAGGAGCUGGUCCUACCGCCCCCAGCCAUGUCACUCCUGCAACACCCGACACUGCAGUCAACACAACCACAACCAGCUCAGAUGCUGCUAUCAAGACUUCUGCCCCCGACUCGGUGACGGCUUCGUCUGGUGUGUACGCUGGCUCGGAGCACAAGCGCUCCGACUCUCCCACUGAGCCUGACACCAAGACGGACGCGGAGAAGGAAUCGGACAAGCGCGACACUCCAACAUGGACAGACACUGGUGUUGUCUCGGACAGCAGCAAGUUCGAGGAGGCUGCUGCUAAACAGAACGCGGCGUCUUCCAAGGAGCCCAAGAGUAGGUUGACGCAAGAAGCCGGGCGCGUGCUGAGCAGUGCUGACAGUAUAGCAGGCGUGGCCGAGGACGAAGCCGGUCGCAGGUCCGAGUCUAGCCGCAAGUCCGAGUCUGCGGGCAGCAGCGAGGAGAAGAGCGGCAAGAUGUCUCACUUGAAGGAGAAGAUGAAGAACAAGCUCCACAUUGGCUCCAAGGAUAAAUAG